GUUGUAAAGCCCUGGAGGCAUUGCUGAAAGUAUUAGUGGACCUUCAGGAUGAGCUGCUUUAUCAAUACCCAGGCACGAGGCAUCUGGUAGAUGGAAAGCAAUCGAAAACUGAGAGUGAUGAUGAAAUCCCUAGCAGUAGCGAUGAAGAGCAAGUGGAUAAGGUGCAGGAGAAGAGGAGGAGCCUCCCCAAAAGAAAGCUAAAGAUGGAGGACUACCCAGAGUUCAUAGCCAAGCGGUACGCUGACUUCAGGACUUACCGGAACAACGUCUUGCAGAAGUGGCAUGAGAAGACAAAGCUGGCAUCUGGCAAAAUGGGAAAGGGUUUCGGUGCCUUUGAGCGUUCAAUCUUGACUCAGAUUGAUCAUAUUAUGAUGGACAAAGAGAGAUUGCUACGGCGGACACAGACCAAGCGAUCAGUGUAUACAGUGCUGGGAAAGCAGGAACAGGAAUCUCAUCCGGUCCCUGAAUCUUUGCCUGAAAAUUCGGAAGUCCUCCCUCAGUCAGAUUCCAACAGGCACCUGAAGGACAUAGAUGAGGAGAUAUUUGAUGACGAUGACUUUUAUCACCAGCUCCUUCGAGAACUUAUAGAACGCAAAACCACUUCAUGGGACCCCAACGACCAGGUAGCAAUGGGCAGGCAAUGGCUGGCCAUCCAGAAGUUACGAAGCAAAAUAAAGAAGAAAGUGGACAGAAAAGCCAGCAAAGGAAGAAGAAUCCGGUAUCAUGUCCAUAGCAAGCUGGUGAGCUUCAUGGCACCUAUUGACCACUGUACAAUGAAUGAUGAUGCCAG